AAAAAGAAGAAGGAAGAAGAUUCGAUUUCCAGGAAGAGUCCAUGGCGAAAGCAACGUAAAGUAUCCCAUAAAGUUACACGAAUUAAGCUAUCUAUCUCUCUAUUUCAUCUACUCUUUUAGUUUCUGACGUUUCGAUUCACUCCCUUUUCGAUCCCAUGGGACUCUGUUGCAGCCGCGCCAACUGGCUAGGAUCCCCUGAUCAAUAUGAUCAAUAUGAUAAUCAUCGUCAUCAUGAAAUCCCAAUUUCCGAUUCUUUCCCACCUCCAUAUCGUCCUAUACCCAUUAAACAAGACGAGGAUCCCAUUCCCAUUCCGAUCCCUAAACCCGAACUCGGACCCAUUCUACAAAAGCCAUACGUUGAGAUUUCCGACCUGUACAUUCUCGACAAGGAAUUAGGGAGAGGACAAUUCGGGAUUACGUAUCUCUGCACUGAGAAAACCACGGGAUUGAAAUACGCCUGCAAAUCGAUAUCGCGGCGGAAGCUGGUGACCUAUAAGGAUACUGAAGAUGUGAGGAGGGAGAUCGCGAUGCUUCAGCAUUUAACAGGACAGCCCAAUAUAGUGGAGUUUAAGGGUGCCUAUGAGGAUAGGAGAAAUGUGCAUCUGGUCAUGGAGCUCUGUUCCGGCGGGGAGCUUUUUGAUCGGAUUACGGCCAAGGGAAGCUAUUCCGAGAGGGAGGCGGCCAAGAUCGGGAGACAGAUUGUUAACGUUGUUCAUGUUUGUCAUUUCAUGGGAGUUAUACAUAGGGAUUUGAAACCAGAAAAUUUCUUGAUGGUUAGUCGGACCGAUGAUGCUCCGCUUAAGGCUACCGAUUUCGGCCUCUCCGUCUUCAUUGAACAAGAGAAAGUUUACAGGGAAAUCGUUGGAAGUGCUUAUUAUGUGGCUCCCGAAGUAUUACGCAGACGAUAUGGAAAGGAGAUAGACGUGUGGAGUGCCGGAGUCAUUCUAUACAUUCUUCUCAGUGGCUUUCCUCCAUUCUGGGGUGAGACAGAAAAGUCUAUAUUUGAAGCAGUUUUACAAGGCAAACUAGACUUCAAGAGUGAACCAUGGCCUGCUAUAUCCGCUACUGCAAAAGAUCUCAUUACCAAAAUGCUAACCAUGGAUCCCAAAAAACGAAUCACUGCAGCAGAUGCUCUCGAGCAUCCCUGGCUGAAGAAUUAUGGCGAAGCAUCGGAUAAACCUCUUGAUAGUGCGGUUCUAAUCAGAUUGAAGCAGUUCAGAGCUAUGAACAAGCUCAAGAAGCUAGCCCUCAAGGUUAUUGCAGAAAACCUUACAGAAGAAGAGAUCAAAGGGUUGAAAGAAAUGUUCAACAAUAUGGACACAGACCGAAGUGGAACAAUCACAUACGAUGAGCUUAAGAUGGGAUUGACUAAGUUGGGAUCAAGGCUAAGCGAAUCCGAGAUCAAACAGCUCAUGGAUGCUGCUGAUGUUGACAAGAACGGAUCUAUAGACUAUAUUGAGUUCAUAACUGCUACUAUGCAUCGGCAUAGGCUAGAUAAGGAAGAACACUUGUAUAAGGCGUUUCAAUACUUUGACAAAGAUGACAGUGGGUUCAUUACGAGGGAUGAACUGAGAAACGCGAUGACUGAGUAUGGGAUGGGAGACGAAGCCACCAUAGAUGAAGUCAUCGAGGAUGUUGACACUGAUAAAGAUGGAAGAAUUAAUUAUGAGGAAUUCGUGGCAAUGAUGAGAAAGGGAACGCUGGAUCACGAUCAUGAUCAUCAACAACAAAUCAUAUUGAAAUAGUUCUUCUUCCCACAACUUGCAGAAUCCGAUGUUGUUGCUUGUUACAUACCUUGUGAAUUCAUCAUGAUCAUCAUGUGAUGGGUAAAUAAAAAUGUAAAUUAAUUUUCUCUAUUGUCAAUAAUGCAAUUAAAACUGCUCCAUGUAAGAAUGAAAAUGGCCUGUAAUGAUACAUAUAUAUGUUGUGAAUUAUGUAGCUGCUGGUUGUGUCA